AUGAAGACCAAUCUUCAAUCGGUUGCUGGUCCGCUCAGAUUCUACGAUGAAGGGGACAUCAACAACACACUCCACUCUUCCGUGCGUGGACGCUUGCCCACAAACACUAUCGCCGGCUUUUACCAACCGGAACAUGCGCUUGCAGCCUUGAAGCAUCUCAGCGGCAACGUGGAAUUAGACGCGCAUUUGAUGUAUACUGUGUACUUCACUGCACCAAAAGAGCUCUCCGACCCUGUCAUGGCCAAUGUGGAAGACAUGAUCUCGCAAGUUGCAGAAGUGGACGCAGUCUGGAAGAAGCCUCGAGAGGGUAUGGUCACAUUGCGCUUAUCGGGAACGAAUCAAGAAAAGGUUGUCGACAUGAAGAGGACACUGGAGGCCCUGCUUUCAGGAAGAAUAGCGACCACGGGACUAGAUGGUCAUGCUGAGCGAUACGAGAUCUGGCACGACUUCUUCGCAACUGCAUCUGGAGCUGGGUGGCUACAAGACCUGGCACGAAAAAACGGUGUGACAAUCAUAAGUGAUAAGUUCCAACAGCGUCUGCGUGUUUAUGAUCCUGAACAGGAUGAUGCACGAAUGGGGCUUGUUGAGCACACCCUUGCAGAGAAAGCCAUCAUGCAGAGCACAUUGGAAGAAACGACCACUAUCAAAUUCACUUUGAAAAACUUCCAAGAGCUUCUUACGUCGGACAAGGUUGCCCGUGCUCGGGUCAAGUUGGAGCCCCAUGUCGGUUUGACUUGCGCAGAAUCGCAUGUCCCCAAGAACAAGCAUAACGAGCAGCUUCUGGACGAGUACAAAGCGGGCGCUGGUACGAAAGAAUGCCGAAAUUGCGGCACACUUAUCGAGAAAGCCGACGGAUGCAACCACGUCGAGUGCCACGUCUGUCACGUACACAUAUGCUGGGUGUGUCUCGAGGUCUUCUCACAAAUGGGGGCAGUGUACCAGCACAUGAACGACGCGCAUGGAGGAAAUGGGCUGGUGGAAUGA